AUGAGUACUACAUCACAAAAGCAUCGUAAUUUUAUAGCAGAACCUAUGGGAGAUAAGCCAGUGACGGAUUUGGCUGGCAUUGGGGAAGUUUUAGGUAAAAGAUUUGAAAGUAAAGGAUUCGAUAAGGCAUAUGUUGUUCUUGGACAAUUUUUAGUUUUAAAAAAGGACCAAGAAAUAUUUGUAGAUUGGAUGAAAGAUAUUAUUAAUGCAAACACUAAACAAGCAACAGAUUGCUACCAGUGUCUUUCCGAUUGGUGCGAAGAAUUCUUGUAA